CGCUCGUGACAGAUCAGACGUGCCAAUCUGCAUUUUAUUUCAUUAAAGCUUUAUUCAUGUAUGUGUAAAGAAGCUAAUUGCUGGACAUGCUCGGAUGCCUCUCCUCUUUUUUCCAAAGUGACAACCAAUGAAACGAGGUCUAUCGUAGAAAAUGUACCGUUCGUGUUUUCGUUAGGUAGGAAUUGGUAGGAAGGUAACUGGCUUCUCGAUCCGUGCUAUGUGAGCUUCAGCAUCCGAGCGAAUACCACUGCGUGCGGGCUUUGUGUGUGAUGAGAGCGAAAGAAGACCAAGCGAAUAAGCAAGCAAGCAAGCAGCAACAAGAAGGGUAUCUGCUGCCACCUUCCAAGGCGAUAACAACAAAGAUAACAAGAUAACAACAAGACUAACUAACUUGUCUAAAGUGGCUUAUCAGCAACCUUGAUAGAGUCCUUUCACACUUCAUUAUCUGCUGUAUUACCCAUAAAUUCUGUUGAGAUUGGAUUCGGAAGAGGGUAGCACAUCAAUCGUGUUAAUUUUUGGCGCGGAGUCUUUCAGUUUCACACAAAAGAUAGUGCCUUACACUACAAGCAAGCAAGAUGGAGAAUCACUCAUCUGCAUCGUCUUAUCUGCCAUGGCAAACCCCCGGCCUCAAGAUGAAGCCACCCAACAGACGACUACCCUUGAUGGAGAGGACGGCGGCGACGGCAAGUACUAGUAGAGAAUCUCAAGAGUCUCCCCUACCUACUACCGCCGGUACAAGUACUGGUGGUAGCAAUGACUCGUACAUUUGGAGGACCCGCAGUCUGGAUGAUGGCAGGAGCAGUUGUCGCAAGAGCACUCACAAUCAUAGUCCGGAAGAACGACGACAAGAAGAACAAGAACCACCCCAACAUACGCCUUCCGCCGCGUUGCAUUCUUCCUUUGACGCGGCGUUGCUCGACAAUGACUUUCAUUCCAUCUUUCGAGUGGCCAAACGACGAGCUUCGGCAUCGGCCGCCACGCUGGGCAGUGCCUUGAAACAACAACAACAACAACAACAACCACCACCAGAAUUGACGCCUCAUUCCUCCUGUGGACGCAAACAUCUGAGGCAACAAGCAACCGUACACAGCAAUCGACUGUUUCAUAACUGCAAUGACAAUACGGAAUUGGCAGACGAUGAGGAAGAUGAACUAGCCUGUCCGGGAACGGUACGAAAACUGGCUCGCCACAAUAGCAACGAAUCCAUCAAGAGCAAGGGAACUCCCGUGCGACAUUUCAGUAUCAGUCAUCAGAAUUGGAGAACCAACACUACUAUAUCCACGAACAAUACGAGCAGCAAACAACCCGCCUCGUGGAAACCACCCCUCCUCCACAAAUUCCCCCUCACACCCACGGCACCCUCCACGGCCACCACACUCCCCACCACCCAACCCGACGAAACAACCGAGCCCUUUCGAUUUACAUCCUUCCCCGCUUCGUUGCCACGGGUUCAUCCCCGGGAUGUCCCCGAUUCCGUCCGCAAACGCAUGAUGUUUCCACCUCCAUCCAACCAACAAGUCAAUCAUUCCCGCGAAGAAGAUGGUACCCAAAACACAUCCAUUAGUUCGCUCUCUACGCAUGGAGAAGACGAUGCCCGCAUGCAGUUGCCACCGGUUCAUACGCGACUCUUUUUGGAAGAAGAACAGUACGCGUACAGUGAUGAUGAUGAUGACGACGAGGAAGAAGAAGAUGGGGCCGCCGCGGCGGGACGCACCCGUCUCAAUUUCAACAUGAUGCUCAGUAGUCCCACCAACAGCAGCAAAAACAACAACAACAAUAAGGAAGAAAGUCCAUUCAAGGAUCUAGGAGAAGCCGCCGAGAAGGACGUCUUGAAGAUGCCAUUGGACGAAACGGAAGAACCCACGGCUCCUACGGAUCUGUCGCGUCCGUACGAACAACGUCAUGUUCACAGCUUUCCAUCCACCAUGUCGUCCCAUUCUCCGCUCCGAAAUCUAUCCGGAUACUAUGAGGAUACCAGUACGACGGGAUUGCCAGGAGGUAGUGUACAACGCAACUGCCUUGCGAAUGGUUUUCCACAGGGAGGACCACAGCAACAUCACCACCACAAUUCCUCCGGUAGUACCUUGCCCAGCACACCGGAAGAAGUACAAAUGCACUUUCAGUUUGAUGCCGUGGGAUGUUCUCCCAUUCCGGGAAUUCCCGAAGAAGAGGAACUGGUACGGACCAGGCCGGCACCUCGAAAAGUGUCGCGUCUCCCUCCCAAGCCACAUGCGGCUGCAACAAAAGAAAUGCCUCCGCCAAAAUCGGGAGAAGAAGAUCGCUUGUCCUUUUCGUCCACAGCCGAAUCGGUGGCGUCGUCCAAACGACGGUUUCGACCCAUGCCCGACAUGUCGGCCUUUGAAAUGGACGCGGGGUCCAAACAAUCGGGGGGAGAUGACACGGUCAGUUCUCCAUGUUCACCCAAACAACGGCAACCACUCUGUCCGCCGACGCCGGUACGAACUCCGGUUUGGGCGCAACCGUGUAUUGGAGUGGAGGAAGAUGAUGAGGAUCUUGCGGUGCAGACCGGAGGAGAACGACCCUGUCUCCUUCAGAAACAUCAUCGUUCCAAUUCGUUAAUCAUGACGCGGGUAUUGGCCACGUGCUCGCCGCAAACUAUGGAACCCGAUUAUAAUCAUCAUCCGGAAGACGACGACGACGCCAAUAAGAACCAGUCCGACUCGGCGAUGAUGGACCAAGACAUGGAACUGAAUGAAUCCUCCGUUGCUGCCGUGCCGCAGCAUCCCGAAGCACCACCGGCCAUUCGACGAUCGGUUCGUGAGAUGGGUUCCAUUGUUUCCUUUGAAACAGAUUUUGAAGUACACGGCAUUCUGGGAAAGGGUGCCUUUGCCGAUGUCUACAAGGUGCGCUCCAAAUUUGACGGGAAACUCUAUGCCGUCAAGAGGAAUCGACGACACUUUCGAGGCAAACGUGACCGAGAACUUGCCUUGGCCGAAGUCCGAUCCAUGCAACGCUUGCAACAGCAUGCCAAUUCGCCGCAAGAGCAAGAAAAGAUUAUCAAGUCGUUGCACUAUCUGCUUUUCUUUUAUCGUGCAUGGCAAGAAGACGGUCACUUUUUCUGUCAAACCGAGCUGUGCUGUCGCGAUACAUGUCGUGAACUGAUGGAUUGCAUGAGCAUCCAUUGGGCUCAUACCAAAAACAAGUACCCCAGUCUCCAACGCCACUUGCCAACACCGGUAGGGGUUGUGGCCGGUGGGCCAUUUGAUGUGGGUGGCCGUCUGAUUCCCAACAUGACUGUCUGGAAGAUUUGCCAUGACAUUUGUGCCGGUCUGUCACACAUCCAUUCACGGGGCAUUGUUCACAAUGAUAUCAAGCCUUCCAACAUUUUCUUUGUGGCACAUCACAAGCUGGGUAGCCUGUGCAAAAUUGGUGACUUGGGGAUGGCUGCCGAAAUUGGGACUUCGGAAGAUGGGCAGGAAGGUGAUCAAAUGUACAUGCCCCCAGAACUCCUAAACUCUGCCGUGAAGCAGACCAGUGCAGAUAUUUUCAGCUUGGGGCUCACCUUGUACGAAAUGGCUGCAGGGUUGGGCUUUGACCUGCCAAAACAAGGGCCUCGAUGGCAUGAGCUGAGGAAUGGAUCACACCUUCCAGAACUCCCGCCUUCCCGAGACCCUGCAUUGAGCGGUCUUAUCCAGCAAAUGAUUUCCCCAACCAGCGCUCAACGUCCGGUUGCUGAUACCAUACUGAAACACGACAAGGUGUCUUUGGCAGGCAGAUCCUGUGAUGAGUUCCUCAGGGACUACAUCCACGACAUUGAAGAGUUUGACCGGAAGGUUACUCGAGGUUCUUUCUCGACAGACAACGCAGCUGAGGACCAAACACCUCGGGCAGGUACGGGCGCAAAUGCAAUCCCAUGUCGCGCUCGAGUUUGCAGUCCUACCCUUGCGUUCUCGACAGCGGCACCCAACAUCAUGUUCACCCCAGAAGCAACGUGAUUACACACUAUUAUACAAUUCUACUAAACAAGUUAAAAGUUUCGUUCUCAAUCG